CGUUGGCUAGGGGCAGCUUGACUGGAAUUGGAUCAUCUCAUCUCAAGACUGCCAUGUUUCAGAAAGUACGGGCCUUUUUCUCUCAGCUUUCUUCUUCUUCUUCUUCUUCUUCUUCUUCUUCUUCUUCUUCUUCUUCUUCUUGCUCCUUUCAAGUUCUCUCCGAUCUUCAUCUUGAAAUCAACCAGCAGUAUUUCUCGUACGAAAUCCCCGCUUGCGCUGACCAUCUCAUCCUCGCAGGCGACAUCGGCCGUCUGGCUGACUACGAGCACUACCGCGCGUUCGUGCAAAGACAAACCGACCGGUUCCAGGCCGUUCUGCUGAUUCUGGGGAACCAUGAAUUCUACAAUAUGUCUUUCGCCGCGGGGCUAGAGAAGGCCCGGCAGCUGGAGCAGGAGCCCUGCCUGCACGGGCGGCUGAUCGUCCUCCACCGGAACCGAUACGAUGUGCCCGGAUCGCGCGUCAGCGUGCUGGGCUGCACGCUCUGGUCCCACGUGCCCGACGAAGCCCGGGAGGUCGUGCAGGCGAAGAUCCAGGAUUUCCGGAAGAUCACGGGUUGGACGGUGGAUGGCCACAACGCGGCGCACGAGGCUGAUCUCGCGUGGCUGCAGACAGAGAUCCAGUCGAUCCGUCGGGAGAAUCGUGGUGAGACGUCCGCGCGGUCGAUUCUCGUGCUGACCCACCAUGCGCCCUCACUGCAAAGAACAUCCGCUCCGCAACAUGCCCUGAAUCCAUGGAGGUAUGCGUUCGGCACGGAUAUCCUCGCGCAGACGUCCGAGGGCGUCACGGUCUGGGUGUUUGGGCAUACGCAUCAUAGCACUGAGUUCAAGGUGGGCUCGGUCAGGGUGGUUAGCAACCAGCGGGGAUAUGUGCUCCCUUGGAGCAAUCCGACUGCGGAGACUAAUUUUGAUGUAAGGAAGGUAAUACGUAUUUCGUGAGCCGGGGUGGGGGUCAUAGUGUCACAGCGAGCUAUCCCGGGAUCAUCUGUUUUAGGCUCAAGAUUUCCGGAAGCUGGUAGCACCUGCUGGGAAGCUGAAAGAAAAGGGGGGUCCGGGGGUUCUCCCCCGGAACGGUAUAUUGCCCCAAGUAUCCAGGGUGAAGUGUUACCAGGAAGUUCAAAAGAAAGGGGGGUCCGGGGGUUCUCCCCCGGAGUAUACACCCACCUCCCCUUAUUGUUGUAUACUCAUGAUAAUAUGUUGAUGCAACUGGGACAUCACCACCUUAAUCUCCCCAAUCUAUGGCAUGUA